AUGGUGGACUUUUUAGAGAAGCAGGUCUUUUUGAAAUUUUCGAAGCCGCGUAUUAUCCUAUCGGAUAACGGUAAGCAAUUCUUGUCAUCAGCGUUUAAAGCCCUUUUAGUAAAACAUCAGAUCACACACAUGACCACAGCUUACUACUGUCCGAUGGUAAACAACGCCGAGCGAGUCAACAGAGUGCUGAUAACAUGCAUCAGGGCUUUAAUCGAAGAGGAUCAUCGUGAGUGGGACGUCAAUCUUUCAGCCAUUACUGCCGCCAUAAACAGUUCCAAACAUGAGGUUACCGGGAUUAGUCCGCACUGCGCUAACUUCGGCAGAGACUUACUGCUGCACACGGAUCUUUACACGCAGCAAGACAUAAACACACCGAAGGAUCCCAAAGUGGCACAAGAUGUGCGAUUAUCUACAAUUCGUCGCAUACAGGAGUUCAUUCAACAACGCAUAAAAAACAACCACGCAAAAUCGAAGAAGCGAUACGACGUCAAUAAAAAACCGGCUCCUUUCAAUGUAGGAGAUCUAGUGUGGCGUCGGAACUUCACUCUCUCAUCGAAGGCAGAUCACAUCAACCGGAAACUGGAUCCCAAGUUCGUACCGGCAAUCGUGAGGAAAAUACUGGGCACCAACCUAUUCGAAUUGGAAGAUGUCCAGUCAGGAAAGCGGGGUCGGUAUCAUGCCAAGGACAUGAAAGCCGACUAG